AUGGAUGUUCAUCCCACUAAAAAUGUAUCUAUAGGUACUGACCCAUACCCAUAUGUGGACCAUGGGAAUGGAAUGGGCCCACUUGGGUGCAAGGACCGCACGACACCCUCAGCUGCACAUGAUGGCGCUGAGAGUGCCGCAGCCUAUGAAACUGAAACUCUUCCACCACGUUGCAGUGGCACUUUGCGACUUGUGACUUACAAUGUGUGCUUCCACCCAUCAGACUUGGACAUUCGUUUGAAGGCUAUUGCUCAAAUCUUGGAAUCUGUUGAUGCUGACGUUGUGGCUUUGCAAGAAAUGACUGACAGGAUCUUGGACAUUUUGACCUUGCAUAUCUCAAAGGAGUGGCACGUCUUCAAGCAAUCCCCUUCACAUGUCGAAGAUCUCUUUGUAUAUGAGACCGGCUACUUCACUUGCUUGCUGGUCAAAAAGUGCGUGCAGGUUGUGGACACCUUUUCACUCCGCUUUUCCAUCACUGCUAUGGCUCGCGGUUUGCAGUACGCGGUCCUUCGUUUGCCAACACGGCUAGUCAUUGAAAGCGACGAUGGAGAUCAGGGGAAGGCCACGCAUUUCAAGAAGGUAGUUGUUGCGACUUCACAUUUGGAAUCCGCUGUGGCCUCACGAUCUGGUCAAGAGACUCGUGAGCAUCAACUCCAAGAAGGAUUAAAAGAGUUAACCAACAUGUUGGAAGACUGCGAUGCAGCUGUUUGGCUUGGCGACAUGAACUGGCAGGGUGAAAUGGACAUCCCCGGAUGGUGCGACCUUUGGAAAGAGAUUUCAGCGGAUCCUGGCCCGACUUUUCACGCCAACCAGGGGGCUAGCUGCACAGUAGCUGCGCGAUUGGAUCGAGUCCUUACUAUCGGAGUGAAGCCGGAAGGUUCAAGCGAGGAGAAUUCUCCCGCACAGAAGCAGGUCUUGUAUUUGUCGCAGGAUGGGGAACGGACCAUCAGAUUCAUGCCGCCCCGCGAUGACAGCUCUGGAGGUUCUGAUCCUGAGAGCUCGGAAUCAUCGCAGGAUGAGUACGAUGGAACACGUGACCCAUUGCCCGUGAGGUUGCCCUUGUGGUAUCCAGAUGAGCAGCCCUUGUCAUUUUCUGCUCCGUUUGGAGCUGGAACUUUGGAUCUGCCUUUGAGCCAUUUGGUGCCACCUGCGCCCACUGCAAAGUGCACUGGACACGACAAGGUGUCAGUGGCCUGGCAGCUUCAGGGAACAAGGCUUUUGGACUUCACCUGGCAAGUUCGCGUGCGCACAACAAAACCCAACGCUGAGUGGCAGAAGGUGGAUCUCGAUUCCGGCCGAAUUGAAUCACCAGAAGUCACAAAUCUGUCCUGGAGGCACCGUGCUUGUUUUGUUCAAAAAGGCUUGAAGGUCCUGAGCUUCUGCGUGGAGGAAGGCCGUAAAAGCCAGCGACCAGUUCCAGGCACAGUGGUCUCGCACUAUCCGGGCCUCGUCACAGUCGAUUUUGAACUGAUGGGGGGUCACAUCUUGCGACAACGUGUUCCACAAGAUUGGGUUUUGCUUGCAGCCACUUCACGCGAAAUAAAGGAUGUGGCCUGGAGCCUCCUGGAGACAAGGUUUGGUACUGGUCGUGGUGGUAGGCGAUUGUGGCGUGUUGCCAAGAACAAGGUCUACGAACGGAUCAUUCGAACACAUCGUCAGUGCGCUGUUCUCUGGAAGCAGCAGGUGGAUCUUCCUGAGCCGGGCUGUCGAGUCUCCAUCAACUGCGCCAUGGGCCUACAGGUGGUGGAGAAUGAUGAGAAAGAGGACUUCUCGCCAGAUGGCAGUAGAACGACAAGAACGACGACAUCCAGAGAGAGCCGAGCGCCAGCGAGAAGUAUAAGCUCCUGGUGGCCUGCUGUACUUCCAACAGAGGCAGAGUGUGACUUGCGGAGCAGCACAGACGUCCCCGAGGAGCUUUGUGCGCGGGCAGACCUGAAGGUUCACCUGGAGCCAUAUCCACGAGUGCAGGUGAUUCCAAGGCAUUGGAUAUGCGAGGAGCUUCCAGAAUCUGAGCGAGCGAAGCGGAACAUUUGCAUAGGGCAGUCAGUACUUGCCUACUACGCAGUAAGCAGCGUUGGUUCAGAAGAUGGUGGAGAGGUUUGGGGCGCCCACCCCGAGCCUCGAGAGGCUGGUGACGUCACGCUGCAAUUUGGCGGUGCCCACAUGGCAGAAAGACAAGAUUCAGAAGAUCGUGAUCAGGCAAGGAAAUUCUUCUUCGGAGGACGGGAGGUCCAGCAUCGCUCAGAGAGAGCUGUGCGAAGCAAAGUGCUGAGGGAGCUGAUCUCACCUGCAGAGGUCUAUGUUUACCUUCAAUGCAUGGACAAGCGAAAACCUGUGAGAGUACCUCUGGCAUCAAUAUGGAGCGUCCAGCCCAAUGAGCCCAAUCGGAGGACAGUGCGGAAGAGACGCAAGGUUCUUGAAUGGAUGGUGAUUCGUACAGCACGUGAUCGCGCGGCAGAGGUUGUCGCGAGACAAGGUUCAUCUGCAGGUGUGUACCAUCCAGCAUAUGGGUACAUUUGGGACGAGGCGAUUCCGCUCACGCCAGGAGUGAAGGUGUCCUUCUUCUCCUUGGGCAGGGGGGAUGCUACCACGGCCAGUGUUGCAUCUUUGGCAUCACCUGGUGGAUUUGCCAUUCGCCGGCUUUCAACCGGGAUUGUUGUGCGAACAGUUGCGAAAGUAUCCCACUAUGAGGUGAUGUUUGAUGAGGUGGUGCCUGAGGAUCGCUGGGUUUCAGCCUUCAACAUAGGGCCUGAUUCUUAUGGACAACAGCGAUUCACAGCCGAUGAAAUCAGAGGGGUAGACCUGACUUUGGACAAACUGGAGAAUGCUGGGAUUUUGGUUUGGGCUGAUGGCGUUCAGUCUGAAUUACCCAUCUCACCAGUAUAUUUGGCAAAGGACUUGGCACCUUGUUUGCUGGAUACUGGAAAGGCUCAGGGAGGCCUGGAAGCCACCCUCUUGGCUCACAAGAUCUUGAGUGAACUGUCCUACGAAAUUGGCCACAUACUGACUCUGCCAGCUGCUGAGCGAGCUGGUCGAUUGGAUGGGCUUAUGGAUUUGAGCCCGCCCAAGAACCAUCAGAACCACAGACGGGAGUUGAGGCGUAGGCUGCAUCAGGCUUUGGACAACAUGGUCCGAUGGUUCUUGCAUGCGCCUGAGGUAAAUUUGGCAGAUAUUCAUAGGGAUUCAGUUGAAUCGCUUCGUGCGUUUAGCUCCAUGGCGAUUGUCAGAAAGCGACAGCUGCGGAGGCUUUGCCAAAGCAGCGUAGCCUUUUCCACCAGCCCUCCCUCUGAAAUAAAGGAAGAGGAGGCUAGCGUGGAUGCCGCAGCCGUACAUGGCCUGAAGCAGUGGAGCAAGGCCUUCAAGGAGUGGUGCUUCCGAACAGUCUGCUAUUACUUUUUGUUGGAUUCAGAGUUGAGAUGCAGGUGGUUGACGGGCAGCCGUUCAGAGCGAUUCAGAGUGACCGUUCUAACUCACACUUUGCGAAAGAUUGUUGCCCAGAGGGAUCAGAACCUCCCAAGGCUUUCUCCGGAUGCUUGGGCUUCUGCGGUGCGAAAUGCUGCUGCUGAAGUUCUAGUGGACCGUCCGCGCUUUCUGGAUGUGGGAAGUUGCAGCAACUAUUUCGGAAGAAUCCAUGGAGAAUCCUUGGAUGUUACGGCCCUGGACCUCGCCCCAGGACAUUCGUCAGUGCUGGGCUGUAAUUUCUUAGAGUUGAAAAUAGGUUCUGGAUCCCAUAUGAAAAUACACGAUGGACCAGAAGGUCUUGUUGCAGAGGAGCUUCCUGCCAAUCACUUCGAUGUUGUCAUCAUGGCGUUGCUGUUCUCCGUGCUGCCAAGCCCUGAAGCUCGAGGAAUAGCUGCGGCGAAAGCUCGCAAAGUGUUGAAAGAUUCAGGACGUGGCCUCCUGAUCAUUGCAGAUACGAAGGGCACAGUGGGGCGUCACUGCGAUCUAGCAGCUAGGACCAGCAAAUGGGUGAAAGCAGUUGAAGCCAACGGCUUCAAACUGGCCAGCGAUCCACAGUUACACUUGUCUCGCGAACAAGUAAAGGGUAGGAAUGGAUACUGGCAGCGCUCCUUUUGUUGGGCCUUUUGGACUGAUGAAAUUCUGUCGGGACAAGCGCCAGUUCCAGUUCCCAUUCUCAGCGAUUUGCGGACACCUCGCAGCUUGUCUCCUGAGAGGUUGCAGGCUCAGCAGAUGCGCGAAGCCAAGCGGCAAGCGCGUGCCCGCAAAGCUCAGCUUUUGGAGCUUGCCAAAAAUGCCAAGAAAAGUAGCCGGCUUCGGCAUCCCGAAUUGACAAUCCACGAUCUUCCAGAUGAGAUGCAUGAGAUUGAGGUUUCUGUUGGCCUUUCUGCUGCCUUUGGUGGAGAAAACGUCCACUGGAGCAAGCCAAGCAAACCUUGCCGCGUGCUGAAGGCAGGCUUCCAGCCUUUACCCCCGCUUCCGCCGCUGCCGACCGUCUUGAGCAUCAGUAGAGCCCAAGUUCGAUGGAUUUUGCCGAAGGAGCCUGCUCCACUAUGCUUUCGUUUGAGGAUGCGCGAACGCGGUGCGAAGGAAUGGUUCUGCUUGGAUUCUUUUGGUCAUGCACGUGAUGAAGACACCACGUUGGCUUGGCGCUCCCGGCUGGUGCCUUUAGUUGAAGGCCUGUGGGUCAGCGCAUUUGGUGACUUUGACAAACGGAAGUCCUCUACACCAGGGGCUGCGAGGGUUCGCAGCGUCGACCGGGCAACAGGAUCCGUUGAAGUCGAAUUUGUCAGACCUCAAGAUGACUUUUGCAUUGGUGGAGUUCCUACCUCCGUACUGCUCUCAGAUAAGUUCGCAGCUGGCGUGCAGCUGGAUUUGUACGUCAUGCCAAGGCAUUCUGGUCGCCAACCUGCGCAAGCACCCCCUGAUCCUACAAGUGCAUCCCGGAGCUCUGCGGCUAGUACUGGCAGAGUAGGGUGUGGGAAUGCGCUGGAAAGGUCGUCUGCCGCACAGCGUCAGAGGGUGCAACGAAAAACAAAGAGUUCUUAUCUUCGGCGAAUGUACCGGGUACAUUCACUCAGGAACAUAGCCAGACUAAUGCGUGGUUACUGCCUCGAGGGUGAGGAUGAUUUUGAUUGGGAAAUCAUGGGCUCUGACCUCGAGUCAUCUGAGGAUGUGAUGCUUCCUUGUGGUCUUCGCGAACAUGAAGCAGUAAGUAUGAUGCAUCGUGAGCUGACACCAGAGGAUUAUGAGAAGCUAUGCAAGCUUGAUGAGGCGGUUCCAAAAAGGAACACCGUUGAUGAAGGCGAGGUUGACAAUUUACCCCGACUUCGUGGUCGUGAGAAGUCCAGUGGAGAGUGCGGGGUGUGCACCUGGGCAUCAUUGGGUGCGUACUCAGAGGCCAGUCCGCGUGUGAUGUGCAGAUGUUUGAUGAUGUUUGCAGAAGUUCGCUGUUUGGACUUGAUUGGGCUCACAGGCUGCCUGAAGCUCACGGUGUUCGAUGCUGCAGAUCGCACCCAGCCAAAGGCCGUUUGGGUGGCUGAUGGCAAUAGCUACCUCAAGGGGACGCCCAUGGCAUCUACCGAAGAGAAGCAGGUCUCAGGCAGUGUGAACGAAGUUGGAGGUCGCAUAGAUUCUGCGAUCUUGGAGGUGGAUGAGGAUAGGACUUGCCCGUUUUUGUCGGUGGCGAUGACGGUUCCAGAUGAUGCCCGGGAACGUGCUACAGUUGGGCGGAUUGGACAGUUCAAAGCCACCCAUUCCCGCAGUGAUGAAGCUGCAAGGCUAACAGCGGCGUUGACCAUGCAACAGAGCGACAACCGGCAAACAAGGUUGGAGCAGAUGCGCCGUGUAGCCAUGGAGGCUUUGUUGGGUGGAAAUUCUCAGAACGACCUUGAAGAGGAGGUUGAGAUUCAAGACGAUGAGGAUGAAGAUGUCGAUGGUGAUAUGGACAUGGAUGGAGGCUAUGGCAAAGGCAAAAAGAUGCAGCGCCUGCGGCGCUUGCAUCGAACUCUAUUCUUUGCCCGACAGUUGCAGGUGCCAGAUUGGAUGCUUGUGCCUCCCAGUGAUUUGGCUCAAUCUUGGUUGGUACUUGCAAAGCCUGAGGGUGAAAGAUGCCUUCUCCUGUCAGAUGGUGGCCGCGUCGAAGUGCGCAAGAAGAAUGGUUAUGUCUUGGAACGCUACACAGAUUCCCGCCUUCCCCGAGGCUUGACUAUCCUCGACGUAGUAUGUAUCGAGGGUCCUUCAAAGCAAGGCCAGCAAGCUCCCAAGACACCUUCAGAGCCUCCGGUUUCAAAGAUGGAAGAAGCUCCAACACAAGAGGACUGCGAGGGAGAAGAGGCUGAAUCUGCAGAUGAAGACAUGGGCUGCCAAGGUGGCAAGAAGGGUGGGAAAGGCCGUCGUCGUCGGCCACAAGGAAACAGAAAGUAUGCUGUUUGUGAUGUCUUGGUCUGGGGAGAUGUUGACUUGGCCGCCACUGAAGCAGAAUGUCGCUUGUUCUGGCUUGAGUCCCGCUUUGAGGAGAUGCGGGAGAAGGCUCCCAGAAGAGCAAGGCCUCUUCAACUGGUGCGUGCUUUGCCUGCCACUGCUGAGUCUCUGAAGGAGUUGUACUAUGGUGACUUCGGUUACCUGAAAGAUUCCUUGCUUUUCCUGCACCGAGAAGGGCGUUAUCAGGUCUCAGAACCUGUUACCCCGGUGGCACGCCUGUGGCGGGAUCGGCACGUGAGCCGGUUUGUAGUGGACACGCCAGAUGAGAAAGGCCAAGAGUUGCCGUCCAAGCAAUCCGUGGUCCUUGAGAUUCGUGGUGGUGGCCGCUUGAGAACAGCAGACCGGCAUUUGGUUGCACAGUGCAGUGAAGAAGACCUUGCAAAGCUGCAGGGUGGACCCGGUGGACAGUUGAAAGCCAAGGCACUUGUCCGUUGCGAUAUUCAGGCCAUUGACUUGGUGAAGGGUCUCAUGCAAGUGGUGCCUGUGGCCCAUGUAUCUGCAAGGUCUCGUGUUUGGGCUGAUUCCUGGGCUCGCAUCGCCUUUCAAUUCUGCAAGGCAAUGGCUGCAACUGCUGGUGAAGAAGAAAAAGCUCGAGAUGGUGCCCCGCCGUGUUUGACAGUUCAGCAGGAUGGCUGGGAUGCUAUCAACUUGCAGGUUCAGCUCACAGGGCAUGAAGUGGUCGGGCUCAAAGCGGAGGUCAGCUACGAAUUCUCAGUUCAAGCCUUGACUACUGGCGGCUGGACAGAAUGGAGCACACCCGGCACCAUACAGAUGCCUCGCAUCGGGUAUGAGCAAGAGCAAUUGGUUAGUGAGAGGAGAGCGAAUCCUUUGUACCGAGCAGAUUUGCUGCCGCAGGCCUUGUACAAGGAAUACGAAAGGUGUUGGGACUCGGUGGAUGAGAGUCUGACAGCCGACCGGCUGGACCGAAUUCAUCAAGUACUUCAUGGAAAGAAGGAUUUGGCAGAAGAGUUUGAUCACGAGCUCUCCAGAUGGCUAGUGGACAUGGAGGGCCCCAUCCGUGAAAGCUCGCGAAUGCUGGAGGUAGAAGCGCGGCUGUUGCUGCAGGAUCUCGUGAGCCGCAAGGCGAAUGUGAAUUACAGAGAUCAAGCCACAGGGCGAGUACCUCUGACGUAUGCUUGUGAAUACGGCUGGAAAGUGAAGACUGGCAUCAUCGAGGAGCUCUUAAAGCUUCGGGCUGAUGUGGACUCCAUGAAUGAUGCUAGACACACUGCACUUGGAAUUGCGGCGGCAGGGGGUCACGCAAAUAUUGUGGAAAUUCUUUUGGCACAUGGAGCUGAUGCCACGAUUGUAAGCUUGCAGGGCGAGACGGCCCUUCUGCGGGCACGGGCGAUACGAGGCAUGACCCAUGCGCAGAUCAAGGGCAUCAACAGAUGCAGGGACCUGUUGAGACACAGCCGCUUGCCGUGGGAAAACUUUGAAUCCGCUGUUGCCAACUUGGCGGAUGAUCCACCUGCAGCUGCUCGUGCCUUUCUGGAGAUCGCAUUUCCCAGCGGGCCUGGCACUAUGUUUGUAGCGGACAAGGAGGGCAAGCGGAUCUCUGCACAUGACAAACUUAGAUUAUACGAGCAAAUCCUGGAAGUGCGUGAAGUGGAUGACGGUGGUUGGGAAGAGGGGGAACGACGUGGCCUGUUGUGUGCACAUAAACUGCUGCUCCCACAGGUUCGCGCAGCCACCCUCCAGCAGCCACCAAACCCGGAGUGCAACUAUUUCGCCAGGUAUUUGCUCCACAGUGGUGUCAUGAAAUGGUGUCCAAGGGAGGCGAAAGAGUUGGCGGCAGAUCUUUUAGCGCACUAUGACCAGGAGCUUCAGAAAAGAAGAUCAGCUUUGAAAAGGCUCCCACGACUAACAGAGGCAGAGAUGCUGCUGGGUAGUAGGCCACAGUUUGCAGGCCGCUCGCUCCACCAAUGGCAUGCUCACAAUGACUUGCCGUGGUUGACAGAGCAGAACGUUGUUGGAACGUUUGAGGCUUGGAUUUGGAUGAUUUGGAUGGCGUUCCCAUUUGAAUUUGGAAAGGAUUGGAAAGGUAUGAAAAGGACUCUGCUGCUUGCGGUUCUGGGAGCUUUGCUUUUACAUGGCAUCCAAAGGUGGUCGGCAGAUAGCGCGGAGAACACUGAGGCUUUCAGCUUGCCUCAGGCUGUUCGAAAUGCAGCAGCCGCCAGCAUGAUGGCAUCCAUUCUUGCAACCUCAACACCUGCACUUGCCGAGGAGGAUGCCCUGAAAUCUUUGGAGAGCAAGUUGGCGCAACGUGACGAGGGCAUUGAAAGGUUGCAAGAAGAGAAGCUCCGCCCCAAGCUGAAAUUGUCAGAGGUGGAAAAGUUGGAGCGCGACGAGAUCCAGACAGCACGCAUCACAGAGCGCCUCAAGGAGAAGCAGAUUGUAGCAGAGGAACUGAAGGAAAAGGAGCGCGCCAAGGAUCUUGAGAAGCGUGAGAAGGCUCAGAUUGAGAAGGAGGAGAAGGAAACAAAGGCCAAGAUCCAAAGAGAAUUGGACGCAAAAAAAGCACAGAUCAAGAAGGAUGAGAAGGCUGCCAUUGAUGAAGCUCGCCGAGUAGAGCGUGAAGAGAAGAAAGCUGCUAAAGACAUGGAAAAGAAUGCCCUGCGAGCGAAGACGGACGAGGAACGCUUGGCUGCGGAGGAAGCUAGUGAGACUGCCUUCAAUGCUGCAACUGAGAAAGCCGAGGCAGCCAUUCUUGCUGCGGAGCAGCGUUCAGAAGAUGAGUUGAGCAAAGCGUUGGAACAAGCUGAAGCAUCCAAAGAGGCCGCUGCUGAGAGAGCCGAGCUGCUCGAGAAAGCUGCAGCGGACAAAUACGAGGCUGCCCUGAGUCAAGCUGCAGAAACCGCUGAGCGUGCCGAGAAGGAUGCUGUCUUUGAGGAAGAGGCAGUGGAGCAACAAGUGGUCGCAACUGUGGAUGCAAUUGAGAAGGAGGACUUGAUUGAAGAAAACGCAAGCUUGGAGAAGGCCAAAGAAUUCCUCGGAAGCGCUUGGAGCAUUGCAGCCCCGUUGGUGAUUCCUGGUAUUUUCAUUGCCUUGUAUGCAGUUCUCGCUAGCUUCUCAGCACCCCGUCCAGAACCCUGCCUGGGAGCAGAAGCAGACGAGGUUCGUAAAAUCAUGGGCCGGGCUGAGCGGACCAAGACUGCCAGGGCCAACAUGGACCCAUGGUCUGGGGAAGCCAAGCACAUGGUUGGGGUUGGAACUGGAGCCAUGGCGUUGCUGGCUGUGCUGAUGUCUUCGGGUCCUGUCUCUGGUUUCGUGAGCACAUCUCCUACCACUUUGCCUGCCCGCAAUGCUCAGCGCUCUCAGCGUACCUUAUCACAAGGCACACCCUCUCAGCCAGCGCAGCCUUCGGCCACCUUUGGUCGAGCGACGUUGGCCCAGGGGGUUGCGGCUGUGGCUGUGAUUGCUGCUGCUGGCCGCAGGCGUGCAGCCAAACACAUCGGACGCUGGUCUCAGGUGGCCCGCUGUGCUGCAAAGCCCAGUGCGAUCACUGGCAAGGACCCGUUGCACGUGAUCAUCUCGGGAGCUGGAGUUGGUGGCCUGCUUUUGGCCAAAGCCCUGAGCAAAGAACCCACCAUCAAGGUGACUUUGCUGGAGCAGGCCAGCUCCUUCCAACGAUUUGGUGGACCAAUCCAGCUGGCUUCCAACACUUUGUCUACAAUCCGCGACAUCGAUGAAGGACUCUUUGAUGAACUCAUGAAGAAGUUCACUUUCACCGGAUACCGCCGAAACGGUUUGGUGGAUGCCUUGCGCUCGGAGUGGUACUGCACUUUCGAUGCCAUGAAAGAUGCAGCAGACAUGUUCGACCUGCCUUACACUGGUGUGGUGGACAGGCCCGACCUGCAGCAGAUCAUGCUGGAUGCCAUUCCAGAAGGCUGCCUGUCCAAUUCUCAAAAGGUGAAGAGUUACGAGGUCCUUCCAGACUACCAAGGUGUCAAGGUCCAAACCCAGGACGGAAAGGAGUACACAGGCGAUGUGCUGAUUGGUGCCGACGGCAUUUGGUCAGCCACCAGGGCCCAGAUGUGGAACGAAGCGCAGAAGGGUCCUGGCUCUGGCUGCACUUACAGUGGUUACAUCGUGUUUGCAGGUGAGACCAUCUACCAGCCUGAGGACUACUUUGAUGUGGGUUACAAGGUCUACAUGGGUCCUAAGCGAUACUUUGUGACCUCAGAUGUCGGCCGUGGCAGAAUCCAAUGGUAUGCCUUCGUGGCUGUUGCUGAAGGUGAGGAAGUCCCAUCAGACCCAUUGGAGAAGAGAGAAUACGUGAAGGCGGCUUUCCAGGGUUGGUCUUCCCAGAUCUCUGAUUUGUUGGAUGCCACUCCUGCCAACACCGUGGAAGAUCGAUCCUUGUAUGACCGUCCCCCAAGUGUGUUGAAGUCCUGGGCUGACGGACCAGUGGCCUUGCUGGGCGACGCAUGCCAUGCCAUGAUGCCCAACUUGGGUCAAGGAGGCGGUCAGGCUAUGGAAGAUGCUCACUGCAUCUUGCAGAAACUGAAGGAUCUCACUGAUAGACGUCAAGUGCCUGAUGCUUUGCAGGACUAUUACCGCUCCCGUAUUUUCCGAGCCUCUGCCGUGCAGGGACUGUCGCGUGUGGCUUCAGACAUUCUGUUGGGCACUUUCACUUUCCCUUGGAAAGCGGAGGAGGGCCUGUCGGCGCCUUAUGGCAAGGGCCGUGGUGACGUGAGCUACGAGUCUGUGGUCGUCAACUACCUCAGACACAUUCUACCAGGUGCGUUCACAGCCCAAUUCACCUUCUUGUACUCUUUCCACCCCUACAAAUGGAGCAAGGAGGAAGUGAAGGUGCUCGUUGCGGACGUGAUGGAUCGCCACAAGAAGGAAGCUGCAGAAGCCUGGCAGCGAAGACAGGAUGCUGUGGAGAAGGGAGAGGUUGAGAAAUUUGAGGAAGAAUGCAGACAAGAGUCCUUCUUCGCGCUUGUUGCCCAGGUUGCAGGUGGCAUCGAUCAGAAGUGA